AUGGGAAUUGUUUUCACGAGGCUGUUUUCUUCACUCUUCGGGAACAAGGAAGGUCGGAUUCUUGUGUUGGGCCUCGACAAUGCCGGAAAGACCACCAUUCUUUAUCGACUUCAGAUGGGCGAAGUAAUGUCUACUAUUCCAACUAUUGGGUUCAAUGUGGAAACAGUGCAAUAUAACAACAUAAAGUUCCAAGUUUGGGAUUUAGGUGGGCAGACCAGUAUCAGGAGGAAGAGCUAAAAGGCGCCGUUGUCCUCUUGUUUGCUAACAAGCAGGAUCUUCCUGGAGCAAUGGAUGAUGCUUCGAUAACUGAGGCCUUAGAGUUUCACAAAAUUAAGAAUCGGU